UGCCCGUUCCUGUCUUCUCUCUCUCAUCUCCUCUCUUAGACAUAAGACAUGAGAAUUCCCUUUUUUGACUAAAAUUCUCUAUCUGCUUUUUUAAAAAUCCAGUUUUGAAGUGAAUCUUACUUCUUCUUCUUCUUCUUCUCUCCUCUCCAAAAAAUCGCUCCUUUCCUGAACUGGGAAACUCCCUCCCUAAUCGUCUGGUGGGUGGGGGAGAUGAGUUUAGAUUCCGUCAAAGUUAUGGAAGAUUGGCAAUCCAAUAACAAAUCUCAUAAGAGCAAGAAAAAGAAGAAGAAUGCCAGAAACAGUGACAGUGAAGAAGAAGAAGAAGGAAAUGGGUGCUGGAUCAAAUUAAGGGUCAUGCUUUGUUGCGUAGCUUCCACAUCAGACGUUGAUAGCUCUCUCAGCGUCUCCACAACCACUCUGGGAAGUAAAUCUCCAAUUUUGAAAUCCAAUGAUCAUCAACCGGCUGGCCCUGUUUCUUCUACCACAACCACAACCACUAGCAAUGCAGAGAGCUCUCUCUCCACUCCAAUCAUUAGCGAAGAACUUAAGACCUAUUCUCACCUCAACAAGUUUACCUUCAUUGAUCUCAAGUUGGCUACUAGAAACUUCAGACCCGAAAGUCUUCUCGGUGAAGGUGGCUUUGGUUGUGUCUUCAAAGGAUGGGUCGAGGAGAACGGCACUGCUCCUGUUAAGCCUGGCACUGGCCUCACUGUCGCCGUCAAAACCUUAAAUCCUGAUGGCCUUCAGGGUCACAAAGAGUGGCUUGCUGAGAUUCACUAUCUCGGGAAUCUUCUCCAUCCGAAUCUUGUUAAACUGGUGGGCUAUUGUAUCGAAGAUGAUCAAAGGCUGCUUGUUUAUGAGUUUAUGCCUCGAGGAAGUUUGGAGAAUCACCUUUUUAGAAGGUCGUUGCCUCUUCCAUGGUCAAUUCGGAUGAGGAUUGCGUUAGGUGCUGCAAAGGGUCUCAGUUUCCUUCACGAAGAAGCUCUAAAGCCUGUUAUAUAUCGUGAUUUUAAAACUUCCAACAUCUUACUAGAUUCAGACUACAAUGCCAAACUGUCAGAUUUUGGGCUUGCCAAAGAUGCUCCUGAUGAAGGCAAAACCCAUGUGUCUACUCGAGUCAUGGGCACUUAUGGCUACGCUGCUCCUGAGUAUGUUAUGACUGGUCACUUGACAUCUAAGAGCGAUGUUUAUAGUUUCGGUGUGGUGCUACUUGAAAUGCUGACUGGGAGAAGAUCUAUGGACAAAAACCGACCAAACGGGGAACACAACCUGGUGGAAUGGGCGAGACCGCAUCUACUUGACAGGAGAAGAUUCUACAGGCUACUCGAUCCGAGGCUGGAGGGUCAUUUCUCCAUCAAAGGAGCUCAAAAAGUAACUCAGCUCGCAGCUCAAUGCCUUAGCCGUGACUCAAAGAUCAGACCCAAAAUGAGUGAGGUGGUCGAUGUCCUUAAACCACUCCCACAUCUAAAAGACAUGGCUAGCUCUUCUUACUACUUCCAGACAAUGCAAGCCGAGCGGUUGAAAGCUGGCUCUGGGUCGGGCCGUGGGUUCGGGUCAAGAAACGGCCAACUUGUGUUUAGGACACAGUCUAGUCCUCAUGGCCAACCUGGUUCUUCACCUUAUCGUCAUCAGAUUCCUUCUCCUAAGCCCAAAGAAGGUGCAACUACUUAGAUUUCGGUCCUGGGAGCUAUAUCUCAUUUCCUUUGAGGGGGCCUCUUUCGUGUAAUGCAAGAAACGUCUAAUCAACCUUUUGUAAAACCGAUAUUGUAACCUAGUAUUUCUUUGUCUAUUUGUUUUCUUUAACCGUUGCCUAAUGAGAGGGUAAUAUUAUCACUAACUA